UGAACCGCACAUUACAGAAACCUCCUUGACAGAAACAGGCAGCGCUGCAUAUGACAGUGAAUAUUGCUUUUAACCUUCCUUGCAGUAAUCAAUAGUCUCCGAUAAGAUACAGAAAAGCGGUUUCAAAAUAUAAAAGCUAUAUGUCAUUGAUCGGUUUUGUUUAAAGAGCUGCUUUCAUUUAGUCCAACUUUGGUGCUGAAUUUUGUAACUGCACGCGUUUCGUAAGUAAGCACAUGAUAAGGGGCCGUAGUGUAAUAAUGUUUCAUUUAUCCUGUCAAAUUUCCGCGUAUAAAGCAGCUGUCAGAUACACACAUUUAGCGCAAGAGGAAAUAUUUCUAAAACAACCGUUGCAUGGGACUUGGAGAAGGUUUUUCAACGCUGAACAUACUGGUCUUGAAUCAAGGGCACUUCCUAUAGUUCAUCAUGUCAAGUACAUAUGUGACCUCCCUGAAAACCACAGGUUCCCUAUGGGAAAGUUCCCCAAAGUCCUGGAGUGUCUCCUUGGAGAUCAAGUGAUAACAGAUAAACAGGUGUGGGCCCCCAGGAUUGCCUCUAAAAAGCUUCUUGGAUGCGUGCAUACUGAGGAGUACCUCACCAACUUUAUUAGUGGAAACAUCAGUGAGAAAGACCAGAGACGAACUGGAUUUCCAUGGAGUGCUGGGUUAGUACAACGCUGCAGAUAUGAAACGGGUGGCACAGUGCUGGCAGGUGAGAUAGCCCUUCAAAGGGGACUGGCAUGUAGUACCGCUGGAGGGACGCAUCAUGCCUUCCCCAGCUUCGGCUCAGGCUUCUGCCUACUCAAUGACCUGGCUGUGGCCACCAAACACUUGAUGGGUCAGUCCACAUCCAGGAGGAAGAUUCUCAUUGUGGAUCUGGACGUACAUCAGGGUGACGGCACAGCCUUCAUUUUUAAGGAGGAGCUAGAUGUUUUUACCUUCUCAGUGCACUGUGGGAAAAACUUUCCUUUGCGAAAGCAGCAGAGUGACCUUGAUGUCAGUGUGGAAGAUGGCAUUGAAGACAAAGAGUAUCUUUCCAAAGUCCAGGAACAUCUUCCUUGGGUACUGGAGACAUUUCGCUCUGAUCUGGUGCUGUAUGAUUCUGGAGUGGAUCCACACUGGGAGGAUGAACUUGGAAGACUUCACCUCACUGACGAAGGACUUUACCAGAGGGACCUUUAUGUACUUCAGACAGUCAUUAAAAAGGGCAUUCCUGUGGCCACUGUUAUUGGAGGAGGCUAUUCCAGAAAUAUUGAUCGAUUGGCACGCAGACACUCAAUAAUUCACAGGGCUGCAUCUAAGGUUUGGAGGGAACAUGGACUGUAACACCAAUAUGGAAAUGGACAGCAGGUACUAAACAAACUAAGACCGUUGGGUGCAGAGAUGGAACAUUAAUCAACUUUCUGCAAAUACAGUAAUGACUUGCUAUGAUAUGCAAUAAGUUAUGAAUAAAAUGUAAUAUUUAUUCAUGUCAUAAUUAUAUUAGUGUUUUUUUGUUUUUUUUUAUUUUUGGGGUUUUGCAAAGUGUAAAUAAUUACUAGUCAAUAUCAAUAGUUUAUUUUUUUGUCUCAACAAAUAUAUAUAUACACUGGCGGCCAAAGGUUUGGAAUAACAUACAGAUUUUGCUCUUAUGGAAAUAAAUUGGUACUUUUAUUCACCAAAGUGACAACUGAUCACAAUGUGUAGUCAGGACAUUAAUAACAUGAAAAAUUACUAUUACAAUUUGAAAAAAAAUGUUCAGAACUUCUUAAACUACUACAAAGAGUUCUCAUAAAAAAAAUUCUCCACGUGCAGCAAUGACAGCUUUGCAGAUUCUUGGCAUUCUAGCUGUCAGUUUGUCCAGAUACUCAGGUGACAUUUCACCGCACGCUUCCUGUAGCACUUGCCAUAGAUGUGUCUUGUUGGGCACUUCUCACGCACCUUACAGUCAAUCUGAUCCCACAAAAGCUCAAUGGGGUUAAGAUCCAUAACACUCUUUUCCAAUUAUCUGUUGUCCAGUGUCUCUGUUUCUUCACCCACUCUAACCUUUUCUUUUUGUUUUUCUGUUUCAAAAGUGGCUUUUUCUUUGCAAUUCUUCCCAUAAGGCCUGCACCCCUGAGUCUUCUCUUUACUGUUGUACAUGAAACUGGUGUUGAGCGGGUAGAAUUCAAUGAAGCUGUCAGCUGAGGACAUGUGAGACAUCUAUUUCUCAAACUAGAGACUCUGAUGUACUUAUCCUCGUUUAGGUGUACAUCUGGGCCUUCCAGAUGUAUACCUUGUCCUUGUUAGAGCUAGUUGCCCUUUGUCUUUGAAGACUGUAGUGUACACCAGUCUAUUGCAUACUGUGGCAACUCAAAAACAAACACAAAGACAAUGUUAAGCUUCAUUUAAUGAACCAAAUAGCUUUCAGCAGUGUUUGGUAUAAUGGCAAGUGAUUUUUCUAGUACCAAAUUAGCAUGAUUUCUCAAGGAUAAGGUGUUGGAGUGAUGGCUGCUGGAAAUGGGGUCUGUCUAGAUUUGAUCAAAAAUGACUUUUUUUCAAAUAGUGAUGGUGCUGUUUUUUACACCAGUAAUGUCCUGACUAUACUUUGUGAUCAUUUAAAUGCCACUUUGGUGAAUUAAAGUAUCAAUUUCCUUCCGAAACAGCUAAAUCUGUACAUUAUUCCAAACUUUUGGCCGCCUGUGUGUGUGUGUGUGUGUGUGUGUGUGUGUAUGUGUAUAUAUAUAUAUAUAUAAAACACUAAGCUAAUAGUACUGUAUGCAAUAGAUUUUGUUAAUAAAAUGUGAUAUUUAUGAUACUGUGUCCAAUAGAUUUAAUGAAUAAAAUUGUAUAUUUUUGUCAAAUUAUAUUAGUUAUGUACUUCUUAAAAUAGUGGUCAUUUUUAUUUAGAAAUUGUUGGGUUUUGCAAGUAAUAGUACUGUAUGCAACUGAUUUUAUAAAUAAAAUGCAAAAGAUGUAAUGAAUAAGAUGUAAUAUUUAUUUGUCAUAAAUUAUAUUAUGUACUCAUUUUAAGUGUUUUUCUCUUAAUUGUUGUUUUGCAAAGUAUACAGUUGAAGUCAGAAGUUUACAUACACCUUAGCAAAAUACAUUUAAACCCCAUUUUUUUUUCCACAGUUUUUCACAAUUCCUGACAUUUAAUCGUAGAAAACAUUCCCUGUCUUAGGUCAGUUAGGAUCACUACUUUAUUUUAAGAAUGUGAAAUGUCAGAAUAAUAGUAGAGAGAGAUUUAUUUAUUUCAGGUUUUAUUUCUUUCAUCACAUUCCUAGUGGGUCAGAAGUUUACAUACACUUAGAUAGUAUUUGGUAGCAUUGCCUUUAAAUCAUUUAACUUGGGUCAAAAGUUUUGGGUAGCCUUCCACAAGCUUCUCACAAUAAGUUGCUGGAAUUUUGGCCCAUUCCUCCAGACAGAACUGGUGUAACUGAGUCAGGUUUGUAGGCCUCCUUGCUCACACAUGCUUUUUCAGUUCUGCCCACAAAUUUUCUAUCGGAUUGAGGUCAGGGCUUCAUGAUGGCCACUCCAAUAUGUUGACUUUGUUGUCCUUAAGCCAUUUUGCCACAACUUUGGAGGUAUGCUUGGGGUUAUUGUCCAUUUGGAAGACCCAUUUGCGACUGAGCUUUAACUUCCUGGCUGAUGUCUUGAUGUUGCUUCAAUAUAUCCACAUCAUUUUCCUUCCACAUGAUGUCAUCUAUUUUAUGAAGUGCACCAGUCCCUCCUGCAGCAAUGCACCCCCACAACAUGAUGCUGCCACCCCCAUUCUUAACAGCUGGGAUGAUGUUCUUUGGCUUGCAAGCCUCACCCUUUUUCUUCCAACCAUAAUGAUGGUCAUUAUGGCUAAACAGUUCAAUUUUUGUUUCAUUAGAACAGAGGCCAUUUCUCCAAAAAGUAAGAUCUUUGUCCCCAUGUGCACUUGCAAACUGUAGUCUGGCUUUUUUAUGUCGGUUUUGGAGCAGUGGCUUCUUCCUUGCUGAGCAGCAUUUCAGGUUAUGCCGAUAUAGGACUCGUUUUACUGUGGAUAUAGAUACUUUUCUACCUGUUUCCUCCAGCAUCUUCACAAGGUCCUUUGCUGUUGUUCUGGGACUGAUUUGCACUUUUCGCACCAAACUAUGUUCAUCUCUAGGAGACAGAAUGCCUCUCCUUCCUGAGUGGUAUGAUGGCUCUAUGGUCUCAUGGUGUUUAUACUUGCGUACUAUUGUUUGUACAGAUGAACGUGAUACCUUCAGGCGUUUGGAAAUUGCUCCAAAGGAUGAACUAGACAUGUGGAGGUCCACAAUUUUUUUUUCUGAGGUCUUGGCUGAUUUCUUUUGAUUUUCCCAUGAUGUCAAGCAAAGCAGCACUGAGUUUGAAGGUAGGCCUUAAAAUACAUCCACAGGUACACCUCCAAUUCAGUACAACUCCUAUCAGAAGCUAAUUGGCUAAAGGCUUGACAUCAUUUUCUGGAAUUUUCCAUACUUCUUAAAGGCACAGUUAACUUAGUGUAUGUAAACUUCUGACCCACUGGAACUGUGAUAGUCAAUUAAUAGUGAAACCAUUUGUCUGUAAACAAUUGUUGGAAAAAUUAAUUGUCAUGCACAAAGUAGAUGUCCUAAACGACUUGCCAAAACUAGAGUUUGCUAAUAUUAAAAAUGUGGAGUGGUUAAAAAAAAAUAGUUUUAAUGACUCCAACCUAAGUGCAUGUAAACUUCUGACUUCAACUGUAAAUAAUUAUUAGUACAUAUCAAUAUUAUAUUUUUUGUCUCAAUAAUACAUUUUGUUUCAAUUC